AUGAAUGAGCAUUAUGAUGUUAUCAUUCUGGGAACAGGACUAAAGGAAUGUAUAUUAAGCGGUCUACUCUCCCACUAUGGAAAAAAAAUUCUUGUUCUCGAUAGAAAUCCAUACUAUGGUGGAGAAACAGCAUCUCUGAACUUGACGAAUUUGUACAACACCUUUAAACCAAAUGAAAAGAUUCCCAGUAAGUACGGAGAGAACAGACACUGGAACGUGGACUUGAUUCCCAAAUUCAUUUUGGUUGGAGGGAAUUUAGUAAAAAUAUUGAAAAAGACGAGAGUCACGAAUUAUUUGGAAUGGUUAGUUGUGGAAGGUUCUUAUGUAUAUCAGCAUCAAAAAAAAGGUUUAUUAUAUUCUGAGAAGUUCAUACACAAAGUGCCAGCUACAGAUAUGGAAGCACUAGUAUCACCACUAUUGUCAUUAAUGGAAAAAAACAGAUGUAAAAAUUUUUAUAAAUAUGUAAGUGAAUGGGAUGCCAAUGAUAGAAACACAUGGGAUGGAUUGGAUCCAUACCGAUUAACAAUGAUGGACAUAUAUAAAUAUUUUAAUUUAUGUCAACUAACAAUAGAUUUUUUAGGACAUGCAGUUGCAUUAUAUUUAAAUGAUGAUUACUUAAAUGAACCUGCAUACGUAACUUUGGAAAGAAUAAAAUUAUAUAUGCAAUCCAUUUCAGCAUUUGGAAAAUCCCCAUUCAUAUAUCCAUUAUAUGGUCUUGGAGGAAUACCCGAAGGUUUCUCAAGAAUGUGUGCAAUUAAUGGUGGUACAUUCAUGCUUAAUAAAAAUGUAGUUGAUUUUGUGUUUAAUGAAAAUAAAAAAGUAUGUGGUAUAAAAUCAAGUGAUGGGGAAAUUGCUUACUGUGAUAAAGUAAUUUGUGAUCCAAGUUAUGUUAUGCAUUUAAAAAAUAAAAUAAAAAAAAUUGGUCAAGUUAUUAGAUGUAUAUGUAUUCUGAGCAAUCCUAUUCCUGAAACGAAUGAAAUUAAUAGUUGUCAAAUUAUUAUUCCACAAAAUCAAUUAAAUAGAAAAAGUGAUAUUUAUGUAAAUCUUGUUUCGUUUCAACAUGGUGUCUCUCUUAAGGGAAAAUAUAUUGCUAUAGUUUCAGCUACUGUAGAAACGAAUAAUCCUUUGAAGGAAAUUGAAAAACCUCUUGAAUUGUUAGGACCAAUUGAAGAUAAAUUUGUUAAAAUAUCAGACCUGUACGUUUCAACCACGAAUAAGCCAUCUGAUAACAUUUUUGUAACAUCAUCUUAUGAUGCUACUUCCCAUUUUGAAACAGCCACCAAUGACCUCCUCCAAAUAUGGGAGAAUUUAUUUGGAGAAAAAUUAAACUUUGAUGAUUUGAAUACCAAGGCCGACAAUGACCUAUGA